UUUGUUUUGAGACUAUAAUGGAAAACCAAAACAACAACAUGUGCGCGAAAAUAACUCGGGUUGAUGCUCAUUGAAAGACUGUACGGCUUAUGCUGAUUUACUAUACCAGAAUUAUCAGACUGACACUGUAGCAGGAUACCUACUACAAUGAUGGAUGUAGGAGCAAAAUUUGAUUUGAAAACUCUAAUUGAAGGAACAGACUGGAUACAUCUCUUUCCAGUGGAGAAUCACAAAAAAAUUCAACAACUUUUUAGCAAUUUAGUACACUACAGAACAAAUGAUAUCCAUAAACUUUUACGGAAUCUGGAUGAUGUUCAGCAAGGGAAAAUAUUGACAAAUAAGACAGCUGUAGACGAUUCUGUUGUACAAAAAUUCAUCACUGUCAUCAUUAGAUUGUACUGUCACUGUAUUGAAAAUAUAAAACUUGCCAGAGCUCUAGAAAAGUUUUUAGUACCAUUGAAACCAGACCAUGGUAAAAUAAUUGAAGGAAAAUUACAAGAGUUUUGGGGAGAAAUCAUUGAUAAUCCCCAUCCAACAGUACAAAAUCUCACUGCAGCAUCAUGUCUUUUAGAGCAGAGUGAAAUUAUAAGGGGCACAGCAGAGCAGAAUAUGCCUGGAGUUCUGACAUGGAUUCUUCAGCAGCUCACUGAUGUCCAACAUUCCACUGCCUCUAGUGAGAUUGGCAUAGAAAACCCUCUUACCAUUUCAUCUAUUGUAAAGUUUGUUCUUCAACUCUUCCAAUCUUGUUCAUCCACUACUUGUGCUGUAGCCUGGAACGAUGAAACUGAAGAUAACCCCAACCAUCAAAUUGUAAAGCAAAUCUUGCUCUGUUUGUUCCAGAUUUUGGACAACGAGUCACUCUCUGCAGAUGUAAAAAUGUUGUCUGGAACAGCCAUUGGGAUAUUUUUUGCAUCAGCUCCCACUAAUCACUUGUCUAUCCGCAAAUUCUGGACAGCAUUCAGUAAUAUAUUUCAAGGCAGCAGAUCCCAUGUAUCUUCCUUUGAUGAGGUGAUGGCAGAGGGGGAAAUGGAAGAACACUCAUUGCUGCAGCAAAGGCUUGGAGCUAUUGCCAUGGUGAAAGGAAUGCUAGCUUGCUCCAGUGAUGAAUGUCUAGCAUUCCACUCAAAAGAAUAUGUGCCAUUUUGUGUUGAACUGUUUACUGUGGUUCAUGAGUACUGCAUGGGACCAAUAUCCAUUCGCUACCAUGCCUUUAACUUACUUCAGAUCUGGUUUAGCAAGUUUCUGUACUCAAUCUCCUCUGAUGCCAUCCAGUGUAAAGAUUUCAUACAGUCUUAUUUAAUGAGGACAACUCUGGACAUUGUAAGGCUUAACUGGGAUAGCCCUGUGGAUGAUGUGUCAGAAUUAGCAACCAGGUCACUGAAAUGUUUGUUUGAAGUGUGGGAGAUGGCUCAUAAAGAGGAGAAUAGGAAGAGUUCCAAAGAUCCUGACUCCUUCUAUUCCUCUAUUCUCCUGAAACUUAAAAGUGUCCCUUGGUAUAUAAAGGGCCAGUAUAAAGUGAUGUCAGCUCUGGUACCUUAUGUUGGAUCUCACUAUAUUAUUCGUGAAUAUCCUGCAUUACCAGAGGAGCUCCUUAAAUGUCUGACCUCCAAUUACCUAGCCUCGGCCUCAGCAGAUGUGUACAAGGCCCUUGUUGCAGACUUAAGGACUCGAACUGAAGAGACAGAGUUUAUCAGAUCGUGGGAAGCCAUGUGGUGGACAACUCUUAUAGCUGGUCUGCUCAGUGACCAAACGCUUCAGAGAAACAACAUCAACCAAUAUUGGAUUCCCUCCACAACUAAGAUUUCACCAGACUUGGGUUGUUACAUCCAAAGCAAACUUGGGCAGUUGCUUACCAAGGAAAAAUGUACAACUGGAGACAGAUCUAGACUUCUGUUUGCCUAUUUGUGUGUGUCAAAAGUCAUCCGAGCAACAAAAGUUUGUGCAUUGCAGAAUGUAGAGUUGAUCAGAGAGGGAUUGUAUUCCUAUCAAGAUGAAAUUCGAUCAGAAGCUUUAGGGCUUGUGUGUGUUUCUCACAAAAAAGCAGAACCACUUUCAAAGACAGAAGAUACACUUCUGAGAGAAGUUCUGUCGCAGAAUCUGAAGAUAGACUCUGCCCCUUUCAGACAACAUCUAGUGGCUCAUCUGAAGAGACUUUUGAUGCGAGUGAGGGACGGAGCUAUAGCACUCAUCAAGUCUGGAGACUCAAAUUUACUCGAUGUGUCCCUACAGUUUGUAGAGUGGCUCCACACUUUGUGCAUUGAUAACCUUGUCCCUGGGGCCUGCUACCAGCGACGAAAGAUCUGUCUGGAAAUCCUCAGCAUUCUGUAUGAAACGUUUCAGUACAAUGAGAAAGCCAAGCAAAGAAAGUCCUUUACACCUGAAAGCACCAAAAGAUUGAACCAGCAUGUGAAGGAAAAAGGAUUGUGGGAUUUCUUUUGUAGCCAUAGCAACACAGUACUGAUUACAUGUAUGUUGGAUGGAGCCGAUGAUAUUCAGGAGCUGGCAUGCAGUCUGCUGUUGGAGUAUUUUACUUGGCCUCUGGAUGGUAGUCCCAGGCCUUCAGGGGAUGGUUUUGAUGGCAGCACAGAGUGUCAUCUGCUAACUAAGGCUUUACAACUGAGUAAUAGUCCUAAACCUUAUCAGUGUCAGAGUGGGGCUCUUCUCUGUAAACUUGUCUUCUCAAAGUGUGUAUUAGAAAAUGGAUGGCAAUUCUCUAUACAGUCCAAUCACUGUACUUGUGACCUGACAUUGACUGAGAAAAUGGGAAUACCAAUUGAUUCUUUCCUUUGUGACUUGUUAAAAGAAGUCAGACAAAUGCUGGUCCAAUCCCAAGAUGCUCCUGUGAAAGCUUCCAAGACAGUGUCUAUUCAUGGUUAUGUGACAGCUAUCACAAGAUGUUUGACAGAAUGUUCACAACUGCUGCAGCAUGACUCCAUUGCAAACUUCAAAGAGCAUUAUCUCUCUUUGGUUCAGCUAAACACCCAGAUCAUCCAGACCAUGUUAGGGAUCAUGGCCCGAGGCUCCGAGUCCGAGGGCUGUCCUUCCUUUGCAGAGAUAGGGCAGGCAUUGGAGAGCCUGAUUCUGGAGAAUGAGGAGGACUAUAGUCAGACUGAGGCCCUGUCAGGGGAACACCAAUAUCUACUGUCAUGGUGCUGGGUCAACAUUAAGGAGAGUUGUCUUAGCCUGGGACAUCUAUCGCGAGUCAUGAUCAGCUUCUCAGAUGAGAUGGACACAAAGGUUGAGGUUGUUCAGUCUAUAGGAGACACCUUCAUUAGAGUAUUGACUCAGUGCAGACACAGGGGCGUUAUUGAAGGAUGCAGAGCAGCUUUCAUCCUCUUCUGUUCAGCACUGUUUGAAACAAGUAACAAAGAAUUGACAUGUAUUCCACAAAAGAUCUUAACUGAAUCAAUGGAGAGCUUGAAAGUGAAAGCAUCCUCCACAUCUACCACCAGGAAAUCGGCCGGUCUGCCUGUGAUCAUACAGUCUAUUGUCUCCUGUGAACGCCGCACCAAAAAGAGUGAAUUGAUGAGGACAGCCUUGGAGGGUCUGUUCAAUAUGGCAGAGCUUCCUUUAGACAAGAGCAUAGACGACCGACAUGAUCUGCCUCAGGUUCAUGCUCUGAACAUCUUGAAAUGUCUGUACGGAGACUCUGGCUUACACGAGGCACUCAUGCAGUUCAUCGGGAAAGCUGUGAUCCUGGUAGUGGAGCAGUUUGGGUCUCCUGCUUGGUCCAUCAGGAAUGCAGCAACACGAUUGUUUAGUGUUUUAAUGACCAGACUUUUUGGUCAAAAGAAGAUGAUUGGAAGCCAGGCAUGCAACACCAAGUCUCUGUCAGAGUUAUCUGCUCAUUACCCAGAAUUGGUCCCUUUUCUCCUCCAAAGUCUGGAAAAUGCACUGCAAAGGGAGAUAACUGCCAUAGAUUCCCUCCAUCCCUCCCUGUUUCCAGUUCUUACAAUUCUGUCAAACAUGGGUAGACUCGAUCAAGAAAGUGAAUCAAGUGAGGCCUUACCUCUGAGGAGUUUUGUGAAGACCUUGUUGAGAAGUCCUGUGUACUACUUACGCCAGCUGUCGGCUGCUGCCUAUGUCUCCUUGGUUCCACAGAAAGUCACCAUGAACACAGCAAAAGAACUGCUUUCAGAACUGAAGCAAUCCAACGAAAGUAACUUCAUCCAUGGAGCUCUGGUUUCUGUAGAGCUGCUAAUCAACAGCUGCAAUGAAAUACCUGAGGAAGUUACAAACACCUUAUUGAAUAUUCAGAGCUCAGUGGCCGGACUACCAGACUUGGUGUCAGCCCAGUAUGUUCAUCUGUUGUGCUGUCUGAUUGACAAAACAAACCAGACAACAAAAAGCAAAAUACUUGGCACAGUGAAACAAUUUUGCUCAGAUGCACAUAGGAAAGAACAAAAGAUGCCAAAGCCUUUAACAGAGAAAGCCUCUGUGGAUUGUUUGAUACAAUAUGGACAUUACUCGGUGUGUGUGGAAAUGCUGAUGUCGGGGGAGGUAGAUGCUGAUGUGAAGCUGUAUGUGAUUGAAGCCAUCACCAAUCUAAUCAGAGAAGACAAGAUUUCUGAGACUCUCCCACAGCUAUUGAAGUGCACACAGGCAGAGAAUUAUCCCCCCUUGAAGAGUGCUCUUCUUUCCUGUAUGACUGCAUUAUACAUGAAGCAAAGGACAAUGAACAAAUCUGAUCUUGGUCUUUUGAAAGAGAUCUGGCAACAAAACAAACACAGAAUCUUGGAUCGUGGGGUGCUGGGCGCAGGGGUGUUAGAGUUAGGGAGUGUGUAUCUAGAUGCUUGUAUUCUUAAUGAGCAGACAAGGGAGGUUGAUGACCAGGAUGUUCUGUUAAUCUGUGAUGCCAUGUACCAAAUCAGCAGCAGUGUUGACCGCUGCAAGCAAGCUGUCUGUCACUGUCUGUCGAUUUUUGGACAGGCUGUUCUGAGGUUGUGCCAGCAGAGGAAAGGGGAACUAAUCUUGUCCUCUGUUAUCAAGUUGUUUUUCUGUGUCUGGAACCUGGUGCAAGAUGAUGACACCGAUGUAAGAGUACAUGCCGCAAACUUCAUUGCCUCGCUGUCUAAGGAAUUCAACCAGUAUGCAUCAUUGCAAUGCAAUAUUUGUUUGCAAGAAUGGAUCAGUUAUUUCAGCGGCCAUUUCUGGUGGUCAUCAGAAGUUGUGAGGGAAGCAUUUCUUAAACUCUACCAGCCUGGGAGUGUUCUCCAGUUGUCUGUGAAACCACAAAAGGGUAAACAGUUGUAUGAAGCAGAAGACAAUAGUUUCUAUUCGGAGGCCAUCUUUAAUGCUGGGUAUUUGUUCCAAAUGUUACAGAAACUGUUGGCCUUGGGCAACACCAAUGAAGUGACACAUUCCUAUAUGCAGGGGAUAAAUGAACAGGAUAUAGUGCAGGAUCUUCAGUUUGUAGAAGCAUAUCUAAACCAACUUGAUUCUUCAGUGAUCAAUGAUGUAUGUGAGCCAGCUAACUUGAGGACAGUAGUGCAGUUAUUGCUCAUGGUUCAACUGUUGCUAGAUGAGAAGCCCGCCUGCCUCAGUGAGGAGAACAUCUCUCAGAUGAAUACUGGAUACAAUAACAUUAUGACAAACAAGAAGAUACCAUGGGCUGUUCAAAGCUUUCUGAGGAAUACAAUCUGUCUAAUUUAAUCAUGCAGACAUCUCAAUAAAUGCUGUUGCUGUUGAA